GCCUGGCGCCGAGCAAAAGCGCCAGCCGAAAAGCCAUGCUGCUGUGUAUCGCCUCGCCUCCAGGCCUCCUCUGUUUGCACCAUCGCCCCAAAUACUCGUCUAUGUUCAUGGUGACUUUAGAGUCGACUCAAAAGUCACCAUGCUCACGGCACCCGCGCUAGCGUUGUGAACGUUUCCUCCUGCGUCCGGUCUCGGAGUCAGCACGUAGCGCGGCUCUCGGUUAUCCUCGCGCCACCCUAGCACCGCUAGUCCCGCUCGCGCUGUCCGAGCGGCGCAAGAGCGGCGAGCGCCAUGGGCGCGGCUGAGUACGUGCCGGGCGGGGAGGUGGCGCUGCUGUUCAUGGCCGUGUCGCUGGCGCUCGGCGCGCUGUGCCGGCAGAUCUUCAGCAACACGCGCGUGCCGUACACCGUCGCGCUGCUGCUCGUCGGCAUCGCGCUCGGCGCCUGGGAGUUCUACGUGGACCUGGGGCUGCUCGGCGUCAGCAUCCGCAUGUGGGCGGCGGUGGAGCCGAACAUCAUCUUCUUCGUCUUCCUGCCCGCGCUGCUCUUCGAAAGCGCCUUCGCCUUCGAGUUCCACCAGAUCAAGCGCUGCAUGGUCCAAAUAUUUCUGCUCGCAGUGCCCGGCGUUGUCAUCACCACGGGCUUCCUCGGUGUCAUCUGCAAGUGCGUGCUGCCGUACGCGUGGUCGUGGCCGACGGCUAUGCUGCUGGGCAGUGUGCUGAGCACGACGGACCCGGUGGCCGUGGUGGCGCUGCUCAAGGAGCUGGGCGCGUCCAAGAAGCUGCGCACCAUCAUCGACGGCGAGGCGCUCAUGAACGACGGCGCUGCGAUUGCAAUUUUCCAGCUGUUUCUGCAGCUGGUGCUGGGGUACUCGUUUGGGGCGGGCGAGAUCGUGGCCUUCAUGUGCCGCGUCUUCUUCGGCGGCAUCGGGCUGGGCAUGGCGUUCGGCGUGGUGAGUCUGCUGUGGCUGCGCAUGGUGUUCAACGACUACAUCAUCGAGAUCACCAUCACCAUCUGCGGCUCCUACAUGGCCUUCUUCGUGGCCAAUGCCGUGACCAACAUGUCUGGAGUCAUGUCCGAUAUGACCCUCGGCAUCAUGUUUGCCAUCUUCGCCAAGACUGCCUUCACUGGGGAGAACGAGAAGAACAUGCACAGCUUCUGGGAGAUGCUGGCCUACAUCGCCAACACGCUCAUCUUCGUCCUCAGUGGUGUGGUGAUCGCAGAGAGCGUGCUGCACAACGCCAGCCACAUCCAAGCCAGCGACUGGGGCUACAUGCUGGCGCUGUUUGUGUUUGUGCAGCUGUCGCGCGUGGUGGUGGUGGGGCUGCUGUACCCCGGGCUGGCCUCCAGCGGCUACGGGCUCAACUGGAAGGAGGCCAUCAUCCUCAUCUGGUCGGGGCUGCGCGGCGGCAUUGCGCUCACCCUCGCGCUCGUCGUCAGCCACGAGAAGAAGCCGGACAAGAUAUCCGAAUCCACUGCUGCCAAGUUCAUGUUCAUAACGGGCGGCAUCGUGUUCCUCACGCUCAUCGUCAACGGCAGCACCACGCAGUUCAUCUUCGCCGCGCUGCGCCUCAACCGCACGUCGCACGUCAAGAAGCGCAUCAUCCACUUCACGCGCCGCGAGCUAUUUGACCAUGCGGUCAAGACGUUUGAGGAGAUCGGCGACGACGAGGAGCUGGGGCCCGCCGAGUGGGCCACGGUGAGCGAGUACCUCACGUGCCUCGACCAGAAGGUGCUGGAGCCGGGCGGCAAGGAGGCCUCCCACAUGCGCGGCAGCCGCACGCACACCGGGUCCACGGCAGGGCCGGGCGGGGGGGGGCCGGAGGAGGCGGACGUGGAGAAGGCGGCGGGGGAGGCGGAGGCGGUGCGGCAGCAGCAGCUGGCGGACACGCGGCUGCGGUUCCUCAACGGCGUGCAGGCGGCGUACUGGAGCAUGCUGGAGGAGGGGCGUGUCAACCAGACGGCCGCCAUGCUGCUCAUGCAGGCCGUGGCCGAGGCCAUCGACCACACCGUGCAGGGCCGCCGCCUGCUGCUGUGGCCCGCCAUGCGGCCGCACGUGCGCAUGCCGCGCUACUUCCGCGCGCUGCACCGCGCGCUGCGCCCCCUGCUGCCGCAGCGCGCGCUCAACUGGGUGACGGUGGACCGCCUGGAGCUGGCCGCCUCCAUGUCCGCCGCGUACAUCCGCGCGCUCCGGCAGACCAGGCAGCAGCUGCGGGAGUUCCUCAAGGACAGCCCCAUCCUGGAGGCGGUGGUGCUGGAGAGCGAGGAGGAGGAGAAGGAGGCGAAGAAGUUUCUGGAGGACGUGCGCCUCAACGUGCCCGAGGUGCUGACGAUCAUCAAAACGAAGCAGGUGACGCACGCCAUCCUGCAGGAGCUGCACGGCUACGUGGAGAACCUCGACCACUCGGGGCUGCUGGACCAGAAAGAGGUCGUGCUGCUGCACAACGCCGUCACGGCGGACCUGAAGAAGCUGCAGCGCAGUCCGCCCUUUGUGGCCAUGCUGCCGGCGGAGGAGGUGUUGUUGCGGCAGCCGCUCAUCGGCGCGCUGCCGGUGGACAUCCGCCUGGCGCUGCUGCAGCCGCUCAAGGAGGCCACCAAGCUGUCCGACUCCACGCUCUUCCAAGAGGGGCAGCCCGCCGAGGGCGUCUGGCUCAUUGCCUCUGGCACCGCCAAGUGGACGUCCAAGGCAGCGGAGGCGGAGGCGGAGGCGCACGGGCAGCACUUGAUUCCGCCGCUGUUUGCGCACGGCAGCUCGGUGGGGCUGUAUGAGACGCUGCGCGGGUGCGCGCACCAGUACUCGGUGGUGGCGGACAGCGUGCUGCACUGCUUCUUCAUCGAUCGGCAGCGCAUCCUGGCGGCCAAGGACAGCAGCGACGCCAUCCAGGACUUCCUCUGGAAGGAGAGCUGUUUGGAGGUGGCGCGGGUGCUGCGCCCCAUGGAGUUCGGCGCCCUCUCCAUGCACGACCUGCGAGUGCUCUUCGCUUCCUCCGCCCGCCUGCUCACCAUCGCCCCCCACACCGCCAUCCACCUGGCGCCCUGCGAGGUCGCGCUGCUGCUGCUGGGGGCCGUGCGCCUGCCGGGGGAGGGGGUUGAGGGCGACGGGGGGGAUGGUGGUGGGGGCAGCAGGGAGGGCGAGAGGGGGGAGGGAGAGGAGAAGGGCGGGCGUGUUGACGAGCUGCCAGCUGCUGAUGCGUGGGGCAGCCCUCAAGGGGCAGCGGCCAAUCAGCCUGCAGCAGCGGUCAGCCGUCAGAUGACUCCCCACGCUGGGUCCCCCGCCGCCGCUCCUCUUGCGCCCGCGUCGUCCCCGCCAGCUGUACCACCCAUCUCCCCUCCUCAGCGCAUGGCGCUAGGUGCUUUCUCCGCCGACAGCGCUGGCAACCACAGCAGCCGGGAGGGCAGCGUGAACGGCAACAUGACGGAGAGCAGCUUUGAGGACAAGGCAUCCGUGUCGGUGUCAGUGUCGGUGUCCGCCAGCAUGUCGGACGUGCCUGAUGGCGGGCCUGAUGGCAGGCCACACGCGCAGUGGGCAGGCAAGGAGGCGGAGGGGCAGGCGGCGCGCAAGGUGAGGAGCGAGGGCGGGGAGCAGGGCGGGGCCAGCAGCGGCAGCAGGGGCGGCUUCUUCAGAACGAGGAGCGAGGUGCUCAAGAGCGGGUUCAGGAGUCUUUCCAAGGGCAGUCAGCGCCUCGUGCGCGCCAUAAGCUCCAAGGACCGCGAUGGUGACAGGGGCGGGUGGCAGAGCGGCAGGGAGGGGGGGGGCAGCCGGGAGGAGAUGGAGCUGGGGGUGAUAGUGGAGGACGGCCGGAUCGUGAGCAUCAACGCGCCCGCGUACCUCACCCCGCAGCCCACCACGGCUGCCCCCGUGGAUGGCUCGUCGGCGCCGUCGUACAUCGCGCUCACCAUGUGCAAGCUGAUGGUCGUUGAGAUGCCGCACCCCCAGCACUCCCUGCAGGGCACCCCCACACGCACCUUCCACGGGCACCGCAAUGCGCCAGCACACGACGCGGCGACGCUGUUACGGUGGCAGCUGGAGGGCGGCGACGAGGAGAACGACGACGAUGACGGGUUCAUCUCAUCGCGCCUGCGCGGGGGGGCGCCCGUGGGUGCGCGCACGGCAGGAGGGGGAGUGGCCGCCGGGGCCACUCCGGGGAGAAGUGCUGCUGGUGCUGGGGGCGGGCUGGGCGGGGUGCUGGGCAGCAUGAUGGGGGGGGGAACGGCGGUGGCGCAUGGAGGGUACGGGGACGUGGAGGACAGUGAGAUGACCAUGCCACGUGGCAGUGAGCUGGCUGCCAUGCUGGCAGACCGGGUGGCAGUGGACAGGCAGCUGAUGGAGCGAGCCAUGCAGCUCAGCGUCUUCGGCAACAAGAUGCAGAAGCGCCCCCGGCGGCCAUCAGAGGCGGCAUCAGCAGGGCACCCCACAGCCCAUGCCAGUGCCGCGGGGCACCUCUUCUCCCACACUCCCGCUGCUGCCAGCGGCCAUGCGCCGGUGCGCAGCUGCAGCACAGAAGCAGCAGCAGCCAGCGCGAACCCCCCGACCUCAUCAUCACAGCCGCCUGAGGAGUCGUCCCUCGCAGCCCUGGUGGCGUCCCUCUCUGCCGCAGCGGCUGCUGCCCCCCCCUCCUCCUUCGCCCCUCCGUCCAGACCAGCACCACCGGCGUCCGCCCCCACCUCCUCCUCCGCCAUCCCCCUGGACGCCUCCCCGCUCAUACCUGCGCCGCACAGUGCCUCCGCCAUCGCCCUCCAAGGGGGGCGGGGGGAGGGGGUUCAAGCAGAGGAGGAGCACCCACUGGUGGUGGGGGAUGGAGCUGACGGAGAGAUGCGGGAGUGAAGGAGGUAGUGGCAGGGGUGGCGGUGGCAGGGAGCGAGCAGGAGAGGAGGGAUAGGGAUGCUGUGGGGAGCUGUGUGCUCGCUGGAUGUGUCAAAAGGAACCCAUUCUUUGGAAACAUACCGUUUGCAUUAUUCAGGAAGCCAGAUGCUUCCGCCUGUUCGAUAGCAGUGAAAACACUGUUCUGCUGUACGGUACCUAUGAAGAACCUAGAUGAAGG